AUGUUACCAUCAGAGAAUGCGGUCAAGAACCUAUCAGCAAGGGACAGUCAGGCUUCCAAGUCUGCCACGAGGUUCGUCAGAGAGCGGCAUAGUGUCCGUGCUUUUCGUUCGGAUCCUGUGCCCAGAGACGUCUUGGAGGAAUGUUUCGGCCUGGCGCAAUCUGCACCUUCCAGUUACAAUGUCCAACCGUGGCAGAUAACAGUCCUUGAGGGCGCUGCUCUAGGGCGAGUAUCCAAUGCACUCCAAGACGCGAUCGACCGAGGACUUGAGUCGACUGUGCUGCCUUUACCGUCCGCGUACGAAUCGUAUCGCUCUGAAAUGGGAAACGCCAUGUAUGGAAAGAAUGGCUACGACAUUCCUCGGCACGACAAGGAGAGAAUAGAAGCUGCCGAUAGAAGGAACUUCAACUUUUUCGAAGCGCCCUUGGCAUUGAUCGUUGCUGUGGAUUCCGCGUUAGCACCUGUCGACAUCUUAGCGACCGGAAUGUAUCUACAUACCUUAUGCCUCUUGCUUGCCGAACAAAGGUUGGGACAUUGUUAUCAAGUUAGUGUAGCAGGGUAUCCUGACAUACUUCGGCAAGAGCUUGGACUCAACCCGGAUGUCCAGAUUUUGUGUGGCGUUGCGAUCGGUUAUGAGGAUGAGACAGAGCAGAUUAAUCGGCUAAGAACCGCAAGGGAUGAUUGGAAAAUGCACGUAGACUUCUGCAACGGGUGA